AUGGGGGAAAGUAUUUGCAGGACCGGGGCCAAAAUAAUCUGCACUACAGGAGUGAAAUGUACGGCACCGUCUCAAACUCUGAGUCAAUACUGCACUGAGCGAACGGAGCAGCCAAACCAGAGCGCUAUUAAUUCAGCGGCAAAUGCUGCCUCAAGCUUGAAUUUAUUAGAAGCUGGACUAGGGGAGCUGAUGUCUCCUGACCCCCAGGAAGGAUAUACACACUCUGGAAAUGAAGAGCACAUUUGGGUGAAAGAUGUGAACUCGCGAGGAAAUGCAGUGAUGGCAGAAGCACCGAAGGCACCUGGCUCUGCAGCUGCUUGGGAAAGCAGUGCAGGAGGUUUCGUUUGCUUUGGGAAACCUCUGUCAGGAACAAAUGGAUUUGGUUUCCUGGGGCCGGCCGCCUCCCGGGAGCUGCUGGCCGUGGGGCGCCGGGGAGGACUGGAAGAAACAUUGUUGAUUAGUUCAAAAUUGAGCAAGAAGAAGGCCACAACUUUACAGACAGUUAGAAUGCCAAGGAGUAAUAUUUUGGACAGAGUGCAGAACUUUUUACCACAGAUGGCACAUGCAAAUGAUGAGCUAAGAAGAAAAAUGCUAACAGCACCAGCUCAUCAGUUUGAUAUUGAAAAUCUGGACACUGCAACAGGAAAUGUUGUAGAAAUGAAUGUGGCUUUAGUUGAACUGAGUGGUUCUGAUACAGAUGAAGAGGUAUCACUUUCAGACGAUGACUCAGAAUCUGAAGAUGACUGUACAACUGAUGAAGUGACAAUAGAUAAUAUUAAGUUCCCUAAACAAAAGGGAGAAAAGGGCAAAAUAGAGAUUUUGGACAGCAAAGUGAAUGAGUAAAUCCAUUUGUAUUUUACUUUUGAAAGAAUCAUGCUUUCUGGCUUUGAAGACUUGACCCUUAAACUGCC